AUGGAUGAGUCAAUAUCUAAGAUUAUCAAUGAUGAAAUAGACAUAUUUCAAACACUUGGUGUUUCACAGAAUAGUACAUCUCAAGAAAUAAGACGUUCAUAUAGACAAAAAGCAUUACAAUUCCAUCCAGAUAAAUAUCAAGGUGAUGAAACUAAAUUCAAUCUCAUCUUAACAUGUUAUGAAAUUCUUAAAGAUCCAUUAUUACGAAAAAGAUAUCAAGAAUUAUAUAAUCUUAAAUCUAGUCGAAUAUCUAAUAGAGAAAAACUAGAUGAAUUAACUAAAAAAUUUCAAGAUGAAUUAAUUGAAUCUGAAAAAAAGAAGAAACAACAACAACAACAUGAUAAGAAACAUAAAUAUGAUAUUGAAUCACUUAAAGAAGAUGGAUUGAAAAGAAGAAGAUUACAAGAACAGAAAUUAAUGGGUAAUAAGAAUAACACUAGAAUUUCAAUAUAUGAUUUACCACUUCGAAAUAAUUUCACUAUAAUCCCUCCACAAACCACUCAUACUGUUCUUUUAAAAUAUAAAUAUAAGAAAGAUCUAAAAGGAUUAAUUGAUGAGAAUGUCAUAUCUAGAAUUAUGUCAAUAUUUGGUAAUGUGAAUAAUGUGAAAAUGGAUGGUCAUGAUGAUCGAUAUGGAUAUGCUUAUGUUGAUUUUCAAUCAGAAGAAGGAUGUUCCAUGGCAUUACAACAUAAUUAUAAUGAAUCAGCAAAGAGAUGGGAUGGUACUGAUGUACGUAAAUUGGCUAGUUUACUAAGAGAUUGUAAAAAAAUCAAUGUGAAUAUAACCACAUCUGAAUUAACUGCCAAUGAUAAAGUUAAUCAAAUUUUACAAAAAUUUUUAAAUGUCAAUUCCGUAUCUGACAAGAAUACAAUGAUGGGAUAA